AUGGUCGAUCGUAUGGGACUGGACCCUUUGGCUCUGUCUGGACAAGGUACAGCCUUCUCUGUCGGACCCGACGACGAGAGAAAUACAGUGGCGACAGAAGAAGAGUGUCCAUUUUUCGACUGGGACUUGUUCACCCACGAUACAUACUACUCGUCUACAAAUCAGUCUGAACUGCAAUGGGACUUUGCAGAGAGCAACACUCUGGACCCUAACACCGUGUUCUCACCUCCCAAUCAAGGUGGUGGCUUCACAACACAAGAACCCAACAACGAGUUCAUCCCACCCGCCAAUCCUACUACGACCGUCAAUCUACGCCAUCCUAGUCGUGGGUUCUCCGACGUCUCCCAAUGGCUCGACGGCGCUUACUCUCCUCCCCACCCAUGCAGUUACUGUCGCAGACACAAACUGCAGUGCUUGAUCUUACGCACGACAUCGGCUAACCCCAACCCCAUCACAUCAUGCUCCAGCUGCGCGGCGCUCUUCCGCGAAUGCAGCCUCGCCCUCGGCGAAAAGCGCCAACCGUCUCGGUUUGAGACAGAGGUGCCGGUCCUAGGGCACCUGCACGGGGUCACCGAAGAGGGUGGUGAUAGCUUAGCACCACAACCGACAAUCACGAGCAUCCCUAUCACUCCAGGCGUCUCGGCCAGCCAGAAUGAAAAUGAGUCAGCCCCGACAGACUCCAAGCACUUCAUCCGCAAAGGCGCCCGCGUCCUCCGCGCCUGGUUCUCCCAAAAUCAAGAACACCCCUACCCAACCGACGAGCAAAAGGCGCACCUCGCGCGCGAAACAGGCUUCACUGCCAAACGCGUCUCCACCUGGUUCGCUAACGCGCGCCGUCGCCAGCGCCUCAAGGUCCAGUCUGCUAUCACCCCCCGGGUUACCCGCGCUGGGUCUCCCAUGCCGCAGCCUGUCGUCGGCCGCUGGACGUCUAUGACUCCGCUCGAGCGGUGGGAGGCUUCGCCGCCGGAUGAUGAGGCUGUGCCGGAGUCUAUUAUUAGAGAUGCCCUAGCGGCUUCAUCGGGACCUGCGGGAUCGGCUGCGUCUUCGGCGUCUGCGCAGACAGAUGAAUCUUUUGCGGAUGCGUUUCUGAACUUUGACGAGAUGUCCUCGUGCUUUGACUCCUCUCUCUCUGGUAGUGGACUGGGAAGUCACCACUCUGAGACCUCUUCCAGCAGCGUCUCCUCCGCAUGGAGCCAUGGCUCCUCACCUGCACAUAGAGACUCCCCAUGGUCCUCCUCCUCCAACAGACACCGCCAACGCGGCCGCCCAAUAUCGUCCUCAUCACCAACGGCCAAAACAAGCCACCACCAAUUCGAAUGCACCUUCUGUCCCAAAUCCUUCAAAAAGAAAAGCGACUGGACCCGCCACGAAACCACCAUCCACCUGCCCCCCAUAACAACCUGGAUAUGCACCCCAGAUCUAAACCAACUCCUCCCUCCUUUUCCCUCCUUCAACCCCGAUACAAAACCCGAUGCCAAUCCCUCCCCAUCAUCUUCCUUCAACCCUAAGAACAACCACACCACCCACAACCCGAACCCAAACGAACAAGAAUGCCCCUUCUGCCCCCUCUCCUCCCCCCCACCCACCCACUUCCCCACCCACGAAUUCCAAACCUGCGCCUCCCGCCCCGUCCACGAACGCACCUUCACCAGAAGAGACCACCUCGCGCAACACCUCCGCAAAUACCACUCCUGCACAAAACCGCAACCGCUUCCGUUCUCCCUAGACGAGUGGCGCCGCGCGCGCCCCGACAUCUGCAGCGUGUGUGGGUUUUGUGGGAUGGAUUUGCAGAGCUGGGCGGAGAGGGCGGAUCAUUUGGCGGGGCAUUUUAGGGAGGGGUGCAGGAUGGGCGGGUGGGUGGGGGGUGUUGGGGUGGGGUUGGAUCCUGUGGUUUUGGGGGGGUUGAGGGGGGUUGUGCCUCGGGGGGAACGGGUAGUUGGUGCUGGUGGUGGUGGUGUUGGUUUUGGUUGA